AUGGCUACGCUGCCGCCAUGGACCUCAUCCCGCCUGGGUGAGUCCAUAACAGGGCUAAUGGAUGUGCCAUGGGACGCCGAUGACGAGGACCAGGGCCACGGACACGAGAACAAGCACAUGUACACGGUCCAAGAGAGCGAGGAGGACACUUCCAUGCCGACACGCCCGCGUGAUGCUCAGUAUCAGACGCACACGACAUCCGACGUGUCGUGUGCUUCCCCAAGCCGGCUGGGCUCGCGUCAGGGUGGUCAUUACUCGAGCUGGCUAGACAACAUGCAUGGCGGCAUCAUCGACAUGGCUGACUCGGCUCGGGUUCGCGUCUGGCAGCGUCGACAUGAAGGAUACGUGCCGGAGCUGGUCGACGUCUUGGAAGAGACGGGUCCGAGCGUUGUGAACGGCAGGUCGGACAGCCGAUCCGAAUGGUCGGGUUCAGUCACAUCGGAUGAUGGCCACUUGGACGAGGGAGGGACCGAAUAUGGUCUUAAUCAUCCAUCACGACACGGGUCACGUGCCCAGCGGGCGGCCAGCGAGAGCGGCACGACGACCUGUUCAUUUCAACGAAUCCGCCCCGGCCGACACGGCUACGCCAUACGGCCCUCGGGUUUGGAGUGCCUGCAUGUCCUGCAGACGCAUCGGCGCCAAUCGUUAUCCGUUGAAGACUGA